AUCGGCGACGAUAAGGAGCAGAGCGAAAGCGAGUUCACGGCGCGCCCAUGCACCAUCGCUGAGACCAAACUUUACAACGACGAGCCUCUCUCUCCCCUUCGCCUCGAAAUGAACCACCAUCAGCCGGUUGUCGUCAAUUCACUGCUCUGCUUUAUCCAUAAUUUUCGCGGCAAUCCACAGGUGCGUAACCUAGUCGCUGAGUAUUUCCCGAAGACGGCGAUCGCUGAGGCCAAGAACAUUUUGUGCUCAAAAGUGGCUGAUGAGACGACGUCAUCAGUGCCAGAAGACGUGUUCGACCUCUACGAUCUGUUAGUGACCAGAGAAGAGCAAAUGCAAUUCGCCGCCACUGAUCUCACCAUUUUACCGUUGGCAUUGCUCUCUAAGGACGAGGAUAAAAACGAAAUCAUGCGCGAAUUGAAAACACUUCGAACAUUCAUCUCAGAUGCGCUUGACGGUCGUAUCGAGGAUACACCUCAACCAAGGGAGACACCUACACCAACGGUGCGAUGCAAACUGAACACGUCGGCUUCAUCGCCAGAGUUCCCUGUUGUUCAUAUUCCGGCGACAGCUCCAUGUGAAAGUCCGAAACCGUUGCUGUCUUCAUCUCCGGUGAACAACAACGUCUCUCAACAAUCUCUGCAAAUGGCUUUAGCCCAACGACAGGCAACGGUCGCCAGUCCAGCGCACAGUCAUCAAUCAACGACAGUAGAGAAUGCGAAACGAAAAGCUGGCCGAAGUCUGGAUGCCACCGUACGAAAGUUGAGUGAAAAACGAAAAGCCGAACUCGAAGAGCCGCCACCACCACCAACGGUUACACCGUAUCAACCACCAACGCUUGAUCCGCAAGCGUAUCUGAAUAUGAUACGAAUGAUGCAAACACCUCAAACGUCGAUUUUCAACAGUGUCAUCAAUCAGAUAAGGAUGAACGGUCAAGUGGAAUGCGAGAAUUUCGAAGAUCGUACUGAUGAAUUGGCUGACGAUGGCGACAGUUCACCUUCGCCAUCAGAAGACACGAAGUAUGACUUUCCGUUGACGGAGAUGAGCUACGAUAACGACUCUGAUAAGCCGUUCAUCUGCGAACAUGCGAAUUGUAAUAAGAGAUUUGCGAACAAAUUCCUCUUAAAGAAACAUCAAUUUAUCCACACGGGACUUCGACCCCAUACUUGUCCGUACUGCAGCAAGCGGUUCAAUCGGAAAGAUAAUUUAUUACGGCAUAAGAAAACACAUCUACAAACGAGUGUCAUGGAGGAUCGAAGAAGUCUACCGGAAGCGUUCAGUGGACUGUUUCCAGCAUUCGGCGGCACAUUAGGUCUUGACCUGAAAAUGGACGGUCUGGACGCGAUUAAAAUCGAAGCACUAGAUGCGUUCAGAGUCGAAAAUAAUGAAGACUAG